AUUGAUGUGCCUGGCAGUACGUCAACCACGAUGUCGACUACCAACUUCACUCGUGAAGCAUGGCUACACCUCUACCGGGCCUUAAUCCGCCAGUGCUCCUACCUCCCGGACCCCAUCGCCAGGGUCCAGAUGCAGGCCUACAUCCUCGACCGAUUCCGACGGUCUGCCGCCGAGGAGAAGGAGCUGCCCCUGCUUCGACAGCAAGCGCUCCGGAAAUCAGCCCUCUCUGAAUUGUCUUUGCUCAAUCGGGCCAAUGAUGGAUAUAUUAAACCGUUGGAAAAGGUUCUGCAUCUCGCAUAUGGUCGCCGAGGGAAACGGAGACACGAUCUGAUUGAGGCGUUCAUCCCGCCAGCAAAAAAGGGUGCGCAUCCCGUGACAGAUUUCAGCGAUGGGUGGGAGCCUCCCUCGCACAUGGUCGCUCUCCUCAAGGCCCAAAACCACAACGCAAUGAUUACCCUACUGAAUGCCGGCUUGUACGUCAAGGAGACCACGCCAAGCAUCCCCAGCGAGAAUAUCUGGGGGAAGCCACUUUCUGAAUCUCGUCGGAUGAAUAUCAGGAGCAGAUGGUACACCAAGGCGCGAGGAAAUAUGUUUCCACCACUGCCUGAUAAGGAGCUCAAGCUGUUAGAGGGCCUCAUACUCGGGACCACUCCGUGGACGCCACCCAAACGAAGAAAACCAGUCGAGACUUCCCCAACUCACGUCGACUCCGAUAUCAAUCUCGCUCUGUUUCUGGAGAAGGGACCACAAAAGGGAGAUACAUUUGAGAAAUAUGCAGACGGACGACCCCAUAUCAUCACACGACGAUUCAUGCAGAGGCUCUGGAAGCGCCUGUCUUGCCUAAUCCCUCGCGUGAAGUGGGAUACCAAAACCCGAAAGCCUAUUUUCAGCUGGGAUGUGAUUCACAGGGGUCCCAAGCUGGCCGUCCUUCUGGAAGAGGACCUUGCGAGUGAAAUCUUUGGUGGCGUCGAUGCCGCGGGGAAAAAGAUCAAAGAUGAUAAACCCCAGAUCGAGGAUUCACAGUCUAACUAGGACAAUAGCAAGCCACAAAUACAUCCUUUGCUAAUUUCACCAACUCAAGCACUCCCAUAGCUAUUACCGGAACUGCACCCGCCCAUACUUGUCAAUCCAAGGUCUCUCAUGCGGACCACACCACAGUC